AUGAGAGCUUUGCUUAGAUCGAUCGUCUUUGUGGCGUUUAUAGCUUCUUGCUUUGCAAGUUGCCGUCUAACGUUACAAGACGGGGAAGAUUGUUACGAGUGUGUGGGUCUAAAAGACUUGACAAACUUACAGAUACCACUCACUGUAAAGGGGAUCAAUAUUAUAAAUUCGAAUAUCAGUAAAAUAAAAACGGACGCGUUCUCGCAAUACUCUCAGUCAUUGAUAGAGUUGAAUAUAACCGGAUGUGGAAUAGAAGAGAUAGAGCCGGAUGCGUUCAGAGGCCUCACGAAACUGCGACUGCUUGGUUUGGUGAACAAUAAAAUUCGAAAGAUCGACGCCUCGUGGAUCCGAGGAUUGUCGAAUCUGAAGUCGUUGAUCCUCUGGCAGAAUCGUAUCGUUGACGUGGAUCCUAAAAUUUAUGAUUUGUUGCCGGAAUUGCAAGUUUGGGACCUAGCCUAUAACAACUUGACCAAGUGUUUAUCACCAGAACUGCUGAAGAAACUGAAGAAUCUGGAAACAAUCUUGAUAGCUGGAAAUUCAUGGUCUUAUCGGUGCCGUGCGUCAAUGGCAUGGUACCUCGGCAGCCAUCAUAUCCGUUUCAUCAAGGAUUGGAGCAUCUGGAGUGAUUUGCUGAUCGAAGAAUGUUUGGCCCAUGAUACUUUACCGAAUGACGUCGGUAGUUUAAACGAACAAGUUCGCAUUUUGACGAAUAAAGUCUCUCAUCUCGAAGCUGAAAUCGAUAUCUUAAAAAAAACGAAAAUGUAA